AAUUUAUACAAGCUCUUGAGGAAGACAUUGAAUAUUGGAAUUAGGUUUAGCGCUUAACUAAAGUUGUCAUGCGAUUCCGUUCUUCGAGAUAUGAAAUACUUACCUAAAAGAGUUAUUUUGUCGCUGGUUCUGUGUCUUGGAACAAUCAACAUGCUGGCUCAAAGAGUAAAUUUGAGCAUCGCAAUCUUAUGUAUGACAAGUGGCUCCACUAUACGUGAUAACAACAGUACAAGUGAUAAAUAUCCUAUUCGAGUUGUUCAGAAUUCAUCUGGUUUUAGUAUAGAGUCAUUCAAUGAAACAAAGACUGUGAUAGAUGGCCCGUUUGACUGGGAUCGCUCAAAUUGGGGGGUUCUUCUGGGAGUUAUUUUCUGGGGUUAUUUUCUUGGGCAGAUACCUGCAGGCAUCCUUAUUCAAAAGUUCAGCGUUCGCUCAGUCCUGCUUACAUCCCUAAUUCUUAUGAGCACAUCAACAAUACUUGUUCCAGUGGUAGCAAUAAGGUCUCUGUAUUUAUUUUGUGCCGUACGAGUACUUACAGGAUUAACAUCCGCAAGUUGGUUUCCUGGAUUCUAUCAACUUUGGGCUGCUUGGGCACCUCCAAAUGAGCGUGGACUUUUAAUUGGAUUUGCUUAUGCAGGUGCAAUCAGCUUUGUUUAUUGUAUGAUAUGGUUCAUGUUUGUAUAUGAUGAACCUAAAUUACAUCCAAGAAUAUCUAUGAAAGAAAAGACUUAUUUAGAAUCAACCUGCCCAGUUAUAAUGAAAAACAGCCAAGGAAAGAUUCCAAUAAAAUCCAUUUUGACAUCACUUCCUGUUUGGUCAUUCAUUGUUGUAAAUAUUGGCAUAGAUUGGAAUUUAUAUACAUUUCUAACUAGUGUACCAACGUACAUGCGUGAAGUGUUACACUUUGAUUUUCAACAAAAUGCUCUGCUGUCUUCCCUACCAUACAUCGGCAUGUGGAUAGGACAACUAAUAUUUGGUUGGAUAUCCGACAUCCUUUUGACUCGGCGAAUUCUAACUUUGAGUGUUGUUCGUAAACUGAUGAACAGCAUAGGUAUGUUUGGACCGGCUCUCCUUAUGAUACUGAUCACAUUGUUUGACCAUCAUAAUAAAUAUGCAGUUGUUAUUUUACUAACAUUUGGACUUUUCCUUAGUUCUGGUGUUUUCUCUGGUGGAAUGCUUAGUCCAAUCGAAAUCACACCAAAAUAUUCUGGUUUACUGUUUUCUGCUUCUAAUUCACUUGGUGCAUUGACAGGAUUUUUGAGUCCAGUCGUAGCAAAUGCUUUGACACCAGAUAAAACUUAUGAACAAUGGCGUUAUGUGUUUUAUUUAGGUUCUGUAAUAUUUCUUAUUGCUGGAUUCUUCUAUCUCAUAUUUUCAUCAUCUAAUAUACAAUCAUGGGCUAUAGAAGUUAUCAAUGAUGAUGCUGAUAAUCAUCAUUCACUUACUGAUAAAAGUUUCUCUCCUACAAUUUGUCAAAUUAACAAAGAGAAUAUAAAAAAUGAACGUAAACAAUUUGAUCAAAUCUAUUCUAAUGAAGUAUCAAUAACUUGAUAUGAAAUUCGCUGUUUAAAUUGUUCCUUCUUCUUCUUCUUCUUCUUCUUCUUCUUCUUCUUCUCAUUAUUAUUUGUAUUACUACUGGUUGUAAUUUUUGUUUUUUAUAAAAAACUAGUUAUUUGAUACAAUUUGAAGAUGAGAUCGUUGUAUUUAGCAGUAACAAUUCAACGAAUAUAUAUAUAUAUAUCUAUGUACCUGAUCCAAAUGUCUUUACAUUAUGGUAUAGUUAGUUGUUUUUUCCUUUUCUAUUUCACAUAAUGGAUUAAAAUAUAACUUGUGAACAAUCAAUUAUUGUAAUAUUGUACACAUAGAAUUUCAAAUGGUUAGAAUAGGAUUUCUACUUCUUAUCUGAACUAACUAUUUGAUUGAUUGUCCCUUUGAUGUAUUCUCAAUCAUGAACAAAAUAAGUGAAUAUGAUUAUACUUGAAUCACUU